AUGCCAAAAUUCUUUUCCAAAUCAACCUUUAUUUUCAAUUUAAUAAUAAAUUUUCUUCCAUCAAUUAAAUCGUUACAAUUCGAAUUAUUACCCCAAGAAUUUUAUUUGCCCUUUAUUGAUGUCUUAAAAAUUCAAAAAGGGCAUUUUCUACCAAUUAUAAAAUAUCAAUUAAAAAAUAAAGAAGAGGAAUAUUUAAAUUGGUUAAAUGAUCAAAUUGAAAGAGAAAAUGAUGAGGAAGACAACAAAAAUAAUUUUAAAAAUUUUGAAGAAUUUUUAAAAUUUUCAGAGGGGAUAUUAGAGCCUAGAAAAAAUCUUCUAAAAUUUCAGAAUAAUUUUUUAACCAAAAAUGAAGGAUUUUUAAAUAAUUUUACUUGUGAAGCAACACAAAAAUUAAUAGAAGAUAGUGAAAAGAGGACUUUUUCUGUUGCCUGUUUAGAUGAAAAUAAAAUUCCAAAAAUAAUUAGAAGCAAUUCUUGUGAUAAAAAUAAAAAUGAGGAAUGUGGUGAAAUUGAAACAAGGAGUAGAUUUGAAUUGAAACGAGGAAGAUUCCAUUGCCCUUCUGGUAUAUUUUUUUGUUUAAAAAUUAUUUAA